AGCGAUGUUGAAAUGGCGGAGAAGUCACUGUCGCUAAACUCUAGCAAGUGUGACAAAAAUUUGCCUUCUUGCGGGGCUUUAUAAAGCUAAAUAGAAGCAUGGCAGCACAUUCACAACCUGCGAAGUGGCAAGUAAAUCCGGCUGCUGACAGCAGUGAGGAGAGCAGUGGCAGCACUAAUGGUCACACUGUGCAGCAGGCCAGGCCAUUCGGACUAAAUCACGAGCACAGCAGACCGUUCGGAAGUGCUUCCGCUCCGAGCAACAACAUUUUCCUAACAGCUGCAACAGGAACACAGAAUCCGUUUGCAGUGAAAUCACAGAAGUCGUCAGGUCACGGAGAUUCCAGUUGUGAUUCAUUAUCUGGUGAAGAAGAGGCAAAGCCAAUCAUUGCACCACCAACAUUCAGAGUCAGCAAACUUUCCUCUGUUGAAGGCCGAGUUAAAGUGGAGAUGUCGAAACCGGGACCAAGUCUACCCGACUCGUCAUCGAAUUCUAACUUUACCGAGGCAAAGCCCCACUUGCCGCCUGCAUUCGGUGGAUUCGGCGGGCAGACGAGCUUUCCCGUUACAGCGAUGGGCAAAUGUUUACUGAGGCCAUCGGCUCUCAGUGCGCAGACAGCGAUGAUAAAUUCGCAGAAGAAAGGUGCUGGUAACAAGGAAAAUAGGGAGCAUUCCCCAGAGAACCUGGAAAAGACUCCUCCUCUGGAAAAAGCCUGCUCGAGGGUUGAAAAGGAUGGUACUGCCCUGCAGGCUAGCGACACAAACACAUCUGAUAGGCAUGUUCCUGUAACUUCUGCAAAUAACUACUUCCUCCAGUUUAGCCAGCCAGUUGCAAGCAGUAGCAGUCCACCAGAAGUAAAGUCCGAGAGUGCGUUUGUGUUUGGGCAAAACAUGACUGAGCGUGUGGUAAAUGCUCCACAAGAGGAUUCGAGCGAGGAGAAAGACAAGGAAGAAGAACAGGAUGAGGAUGAAAAGGAGGAAUCCGAGGAAGAUAGUCCAGGAAAGCAUGCGGCAGGUUCGCGAAGUCCAAAAACACUGGCGGAGUCAGCCCAGGAGUAUGAAGCCAGGCAGUCUAAACGUCACUUUAACGAGGUGACUGUCAUAACUGGUGAAGAAAACGAGUCCAACGUUUUACAGAUUCACGGUAAGCUGUUUAGAUUCGAGCACGACACAAAGAACUGGUUGGAAAAAGGAGCUGGCCUGCUGCGACUCAACGACAUGCAGGGAUUGGAGGAGGGUGAUUUCCAAUCUCGAUUAGUGAUGCGUUCGCAUGGUAGCCUGCGCGUGAUAUUAAACACAAAAAUAUGGUCGGGCAUGAUGGUGGAGAAGGCAAGCAAGAAGAGCGUGCGUGUCACAGCCGUAGAAAAUGGAGAUCCAAGGAUCUAUCAAAUCCUGGUUAACCUGAAGGACGCCGAGCAGCUGUUCAACGCGAUCGAGUGGCGCAUCCAGUCGCUGAAGAUCCGCGAGCAGACACGGCGCGACACGAAGCGCACGCACGACGAUGUCGACAGCAAGAGUGUGGAGUCACGCGACACCGAUGCGCUCGCGUCGGCCAGCAAGAAGUCGAAGGCGGUCGAUUCGCCGGGGAGAGCCGACUCGCUGAGCCUCACGCCGACGACGGACGCGCACGAGGAGUCGAACAGCAGCCUUCCCGACACGGAGACGGAGGUGUCAAACGACAGCCUGCCAUCUGGGCGUCUCACUGUGCCAUCCACGUCAGUCCCGUCGUCGCCCCCUAGGAGUGACUCGUCCUGCAUGACGCCCGAAAAGUCGGCACAACCGUCAUCAGUCGCAUCACCAGAGGGCAGUACUGAGGGUCAAUCGGUCGGCGACCCGUGUCCAGAAUGACGCAGUAAGCCGUCGUCUCGGUAGCAAUUGCUUCGUUUCACUUAUUAUCUGCGCUGGGUCGGUGAAACGCCGUCCCGGCCGUGGUCGCUCUCACUCGUUCAGGAGCUCACUUCAUAUUUCAAGGGUCUAACAGUUGACAAGGUCAAUGAAACCUUUUGCCCCAGUAAACAGAAGCACCUGCGUUGGUAAACGUGACAGCCAGGGACGCCUAAGCAUAGAUCUUAAUGCACUGCUGUUGUUCCGAGUCUAAGAAAAUUUAGUAUACAUGUACAGACUAGACGUCCAUACAAUUUGUGUUCACUAUUUCAUGGAGCCAAGCCAAAUUCCUAUGAUUAGACUACACACAUACAUGCAUUCUACGUAAACAGGGUAUGUAAGAGAAUUUAUGUUGUGGGUGGGGGGGAUAGAUGACAUACAGGCAACUAUAAAUUUGGGCUAGUAUGGUGGGUUUACUUGCAGCUGUGACAAACAUUCCUGUUAGUCGGUGCUCCUUAUUCUGCCUUGUGCAGUGACAGUAAUUAUGUCAUUGUAAGAUCGCUCACUUUUAAUCUUCGGUUAGACUUUUUGAAGUUUUUGGGCUACAUUGUGACAAUCUCUAUUAUUUUAUCCCAUAACCUUGAGAUUCUGCAUAGCAAGAGUGAAUCUACAAUUCUGAGUGCAUUGACUUCGUAAUGCAACAGGUUUCAGCUUUUGUUGCUGUAGGUAGGGAUUGAAGAUCAUGCAAUCACGUUAUGAGAGGAGACUAGAAGUAUAGCACCCAGAUGUGCAAUUGGAAACAGCUUUUGAAAUGGUACCUGAUAUAAAUUCUGUUCAUGUUUGUAAAGAACAUCAUUCCUUACAUAGCUAUACUUCCAUUAAAGCAGUGUAUAACCAGUCGUGUGUGUCAUUUUUCUGUCAGUAAGAUCUUCCAUAUUACAUUCUCAAUAUGGAAUUUAUUUAUAAUGUGUCAGAUAUAUUAAUGUCUAUGCAUUGUCUUGUCUAUGCAUGUGCAGAGGUGUUGCCCACUGGUUAUUGUCUGUUUACCUCUGUAGGUUGCCACGUGUUUAUUUUUUGCUUUCCUUAUCUAUAUGAAAGUUAGCCUAAGAUCGAUGUUUCGAACUGCAGAGCCCAAUAUUUUGGACAUGAAAUGGUACUAUGUACUUCAACAGUUUUUACUUGUACACGUAAUAGACUUUCGGCUGACUGUAAAUACGUGUAAAUGUCAGUAAGAGCCAGUACCAGAUGCAUGUGCAAGCUUAAAAGUAAGCACUUGGUGUUUACAUUAAAUUUGCACUUGUUGUCAUUCUUUAAGAUAGGAUGUCUAUGUGUGUAGUGGGAGAAGUCGAUAUUUUUGUUUAGCCACUUAUCGAUGGGAUAAAAUGACUGUUAUAGUAUAUGUAUACACGUAUCCUUGUACUCAGCAUGCCUCAGGCCGAUUCUAUAUCUACAGUUGCAGCUUACCUUCCAUUACUGCUUACUUGCUGUAUAGCACAUGUACAGGUUGCUAUAAGCUAGAAAUAUGUGUAUUAGUCAUGCUGGACCCAUAUAAUGCAUGAAAAAUUACACCAGCCAAUACUCGAGGCACAACAUCGGUAAGAUUGUAAAUGAUGAUAUCAAGUUCUAUACGGUUUGCAGUGAUUCUGUCAAUAAUAGUACUCGAGAAAAAUAUUUAUAUUGGUAACGUGGUCGAAUUGUAAUGCAAGGCAUAGAUGCAUAUCAGCCUAUAUGUGAAACACCCGAGGUUCGGUGUCGUGACAGAAUCGGCCGAGGUGAGUUGAGUGCUAUCUUCACUGCCUUGCACAUAUGGUCACCCGGUCAGAUUGUCAGAUGGUCACCCAGUACGUAUGCAGUUGUGGUAAUGUAUACGUUACACAAAGGCUUCCUGAUGUCUAACAUUUAUUUCUACUACCAAUAAUUAGUGUUUCACGUAAGACAGGUUUCUUACUUGGAAAUUAUUGAAGGUACCUUUCGAGAUAUCGGCAACUAUAUUAUAGGAAUGUGUCCAACUAAAUAGCAAGCAGCAAGUUUGCUACACAUAGCAAGUGGAUAUUAUUCAGUUUAGAUGUUCGAGUUCAUGCACGUGAUUGACCAAAGCUGCUGUAGCAGCAAGUCGAAGGCAAAAAAACAAGCUUUCUAUUCAUUGUAUUCGUUAUUAAAUUUUGCACAACCAUCUAAGUGUAAACAACAAACAAAUGAAAUCCCCACUGCAUUGACACCAAUACAAAUAUAUUUGCCCCUGACUGACUGUGCAUAGUAAUUUUGAAACAAUGCAGGUAAAUUAGUAAUUUUAUGCUUAAUAUUGUUUUUUCUAAAAGCAGUGAUUGCAAUUGGCAAAACAUAUAACUACUGAACGUUUUAAGUAUGCGUGUACAAAGCUUAUAUGUUCAUCGCCUUUGAUUAGCUGACCAAGCAGAAAGCACUUCAUUUUCAUAAUAUAGUGGUAAGCAAGAAAUGUCUAUCUAGAGGAGCCCUACUUGUAUUCAGACUACAGUUUUAUCAUUCUAUUAAUGAAAUCUGCUGGAUUGGUAGAAUAUGUACAUGGUUGUGUUGGGCAAAUUCACUUACAUGACUUAUUGGUAACUUCUACUUGGGAUGUACAUUUCAGAUGUGAGUGCAAAAAAAACGAAGUAUGAUUUUAGACGUUUAACCACGUCAACAGGUGUACAGAUGAAGGCUGAAGCAGACGAAAGGUAAACAAAAAAUCUGUUAGGAAAAAAUCAGGAAGACUGAAUCCUGCUAUAUUCAUGCAAAAAAUGUUGAUAUUUCUACUGGUAUGCAGAUAUGCAUGACUUGUCAACCAAUCUCUUUGGCUACAACUUGACGUGGCAUUACAGAGCAUUUUCCUAGGAAAUAAUGGACAAAUCCUAUAAUCAAUGAAUGACAGAUGCGGUGACGUUGAGGUGGUGAACUAUGUAUGGUGCCGGUUGGUCACUUUUACAUCUGCUAAUGUAACUUUCUUUGAUAACAUCAUAACACAACAUACAAGUAGCAUAGAAGUAAAUAACAUUUUAUAUAAAACCAGUUUCAUGGCGGAUCUGUUAGCCACUGUGGACAAUUAGCCAUGUGUUUAGAUUAGCAUUCUAAUAUUUCUCCCGUAUUUGUUUUGGCUUAUAUAUACUGUGAGCUACAUAUUUACAUUUUAACUGUAUACUGAUUAUUAGGCAGGUGACUAUAUAAUCCACAAAUCUCGUCAGUAUUCUCACUUAUAUAAUAUAUAUGAGACACUGUUAAUGACGAGAAAAUACUAAAAUUUUCAUGAACACAAAAAGGCACAUAUUACUGUACUAUGUUGCAGAUGAUACUACUAUAGUACCAGAUCGCUGGAGUAUCUGUACACGAGCGUUUUACAUGGAAGUACUUGCCCACUUUGAUGUAUGAUAUAAAAGCACAUAAAACAUAGGUGUGCUCUUGUUGAUACAUAGUUUCACUAACAGAAGUUGAUUUGAUUAUGAUAAACUACUAAAAUGAAAGCAUAUAUGGAAAAUAUAAAUGUGUAUAAUAUAAUUACAGGUCAUUUGUUUAUAACAAGUUUUCAGUCAUACAAAAUCGAAAAAGUACAGCUUAUUAACAUGAAUAUACAAGAAGGAAUAAUUAGUCCUGAAACUACACAUUACUUUACAAUUGGUAUACAUACAAAUUAUCGUACUUGUUUUCAUGUAAUGUAUUUGUUCAAUUGUACUGGUCUAAUUUUGCAACUUGUUUAAUUUAUAAUAAUCCAUUCAAUUGAAUAUGAUGAUAUUCAUGGCUAGCACCCACCCUAAUCUUUUUGAAAAGGCACAUGUGCAUUAUUAUUGGAAUAAGUGUUGAAAUUAAACGUACAAAUCCUCUGAAAAUUUUCUUUAUGUGUUAAUGAUGUAUUACAGUGCUUCUGCUACAGUAUAUGUACAUGUGAUAUAGGUAGCAUAUUGCAAUUAGUCUAUAACUUCCAUAAGUAACCAACCUAUUUUCCAACCAGUUCAAGCAUUGCUGUGGUACAGGAUGUUCAUUAUUAAGUCUGUAACUGAUUUUAAAGACUACACAGAUAUGGAGUGUAAAGUAGUGUAAUGUGUAAGCAGCAGUGUAUUGUCAAUUUCACGUGUACACUAUUAAAAUGACUGUCAUACACACAAA